GAAUCACCCUCACAUUCUUUGUCCUUCAUUCAGGCAUUUCAUCAAACACUCCUGAAAAAUCAUCUUAAGCUCGAAAAAGAUUCAAACUUUUUGCUCUGAGUUUGAAUUUUGGUUAGGUUCUAGUGUGUUUUUUGUUUAAUGGCGGGAAAUCAUCAACCCGAGGUUCAAAUACGAGUGAAUUCCAAGAGGGGUGGCAAUGUGGUUCAUCCGUUACACAUGGGAUCACCGGGAGGUGUGGAACGUAAUGAGGUUGAGUAUAGAGAGGUUAAGCAGUUCAAGAAAUGGGUGCCCUGGUUGAUUCCUUCGUUUGUGGUUGCGAAUAUUGUGAUGUUUGUUGUUACGAUGUAUGUGAAUGAUUGUCCUAAGAACUCGGUUUCUUGCGUCGCUGAUUCUUUAGGGAGGUUCGCGUUUCAGCCUUUUAAAGAGAAUCCGCUUCUUGGACCUUCCGCUACCACGUUGGACAAGAUGGGAGCUUUAGAUGUAGAUAAAGUAGUUGAAAAACACCAGGGAUGGCGCCUUAUCACCUGCAUGUGGUUGCAUGGUGGAGUUUUUCAUUUAUUAGCCAACAUGUUGGGUCUUGUGGUAAUCGGAAUUCGACUAGAGCAAGAAUUUGGAUUUGUUCUUAUUGGUUUGCUGUAUGUCAUCUCUGGAUUUGGUGGGAGUUUGCUUUCUGCUCUGUUUAUCCAGUCAAAUAUAUCAGUGGGUGCUUCUAGUGCACUUUUUGGAUUACUUGGUGCAAUGUUGUCUGAACUCAUAACAAACUGGACCAUCUAUGCUAACAAGGUAGCAGCUCUUGUGACCCUGUUACUUGUAAUUGUCAUCAAUCUAGCAGUAGGUCUCCUCCCAAAUGUUGACAACUUUGCUCAUCUUGGAGGCUUUAUCACUGGAUUUUUGAUUGGUUUUGUGUUUCUAAUCCGCCCCCAGUUUGGGUGGGUCAGCCAAAGAUACACGACUCCUGAAUAUUCUGCAACUUUGGCUAAAUCUAAAUUCAAGAUGUAUCAGCGUAUACUCUGGAUUGUUUCUCUGAUCCUUGUGAUUGUCUGGUUGGUCAUUGCUCUAGUCAUGCUUCUUCGUGGAGUUGAUCUGAAUGAUCAUUGUUCAUGGUGCCAUUACAUGAGUUGUGUACCUACUUCACGGUGGAGCUGCAACUCGCAAACUGUUUCGUGCACGUCGGACCAAAGAAGUAACCAGCUCGUCUUAACGUGUUCAAACAACAAAACCAAAUCAUAUGACUUGCUGAAUGCAACCCCAUCUCAGAUCCAGGGACUAUGUAGCCAGCUCUGCCGAUGAUAUUUGAACCUAGCUACUCUUAACAGUUAACUGCAGAAUGUUGGAGACCGAAAUUUAUUGAUACAAAAUGUUGUUUGAGUUAAAGGGACUAUACAAUGUUGGUACAAUGUUAGUGAAGGAACAGCAAAUGAGCCAGUAUAGAAAAAUGUAUUAGUUGAUAUUUCUUUGAAAAUUAAUUAAAUAGAAGAUCUAAUUCCAGUA